UUCUGCGCAAGUUGUGCGCAGAGCGGAUGCGCACGAACACACAUCAGCGGUUUUGUUAUCACAGAGGAGCCGUAAAAACAUUAUUGUGUUCAUCUGUGUCGGGCGAAUUCUAACGUUACCGAUCAAUUUUAGUCAAUAAACGAACAAUGAGUGAUCAUCCGGUGACUAGCAGAUGAGCCAAAUCUGAUCGGCGCUGAAAGAAAGAGGCGAAAUUUCGGCUAUUUUGUCAGCAUGGCUAGUUGCGGCGAGGUUAAUCUUUCCGUGGACUCCCUGACUUCAGGCAAGAAGGUGAGUGGGGAGUCUGUGACGGAGGGAAGUCCGUCCCCUUCGUCUCCUUCACUGCCCAUUCCAGAGUGUGCAAUCUGCCUGCAGAGCUGCGUCCACCCCGUACGCCUGCCAUGCCGCCAUAUUUUCUGCUUCUUGUGCGUGAAAGGAGCUUCCUGGCACAGCAAACGCUGCGCUCUGUGUAGAGGGGAAGUGCCUGAAGACUUCCUGGAGCGUCCCACUUUGCUCUCACCCGAAGAGCUGAAGGCUUCGGCGACGGGUGGACGCGGGACGGGGACUGGAGGCCACGCCUGGUACUACGAGGGGCGUAACGGAUGGUGGCAGUACGACGAGCGGACAAGCCGAGAGCUAGAGGAUGCUUUCAACAAGGGCAAGAAGAGCGCCGAGAUGCUGAUCGCUGGCUUCCUGUACGUGGCCGACUUAGAGAACAUGGUGCAGUACAGGAGGAACGAACACGGCCGCAGAAGGAGGAUGAAGAGGGAUGUGGUGGACAUCCCUAAGAAAGGUGUGGCCGGAUUAAGACUCGAUCCAGAUCCCAAUCCCAGUCCCGCAUCGGGAUCAGGAACUGUUCCGGUUGCAGCACCCGCAGUUGCGGAUUUAAACGGAACGGUAGAUGGCGCCACAGCGGAGCGAGAGAGUUCGGCGGAUGGAGCGGACACUGGAGUCAGCGGAGGACGACCUCAAGGCGUCUUUGCUUCUGCUCCCGUAAGGCCGCCAACUGUCUUGGGCGCUCACCUGACCAGUCCUGCUUCCUCCGGUGAUAUUCAGCUUGUACAGGCUCUCACCCAACUCAAUAUGAACCCCGGCGAGCAAGAAACUGAAGAGGAAGACGCAGAUGAUGAAGACGAUUCGGCUGCUCCGAAUGCCUCGGGGUACGAAUCUGAGUCUGGCACGAGCGAGGAUGAAGAUGAGCAGGCUGGGGAUGAAGGUGAAGAUGAGCACACAGAAGGCUCCCAGGGUAGGCAUAGACUGCAUCAGUUGGACAGACCGCCCCCUGGUGGUGGCCCGGCGCAUAGCAGCGAUCGCUCUGGGUGCCCCGACGGUCAGUGCACCGUUACGAAGGUCUGACCGCAGCACAACUACAGAACUCCUACCCAACUCCCACAACCGCUGGGUAUUUCUAACCAAUCUCUGAAAUGCAAAAAAUGAAACGAACGAACCAUUCAAAUCAAUGAAACACGGUCUUGGAUUAGGGUGGAGGCUUGGGGCGGAUGGGUUUUAGUGUAAGAAUAGUGCUUGUCUUUCUCUUUCAGUCUUAGAGGACUGUACCAGGGCUGUGCUCUUUAAUGGAAAUUGCAGGCAAAACUACAAUAAACUUGCUUUUAUCAUGACUAGAAUACUGUAAAUUGGUCUAACCAUUACACUUACAUUUGCAUUCAUGUAAUUGAAAAUAUAUUCACAAUAAAACAACUUUUCACCCUGAAAUUAAAAGAAAAGAGUAUAAAGUAUAUUUUGCACAAGCCUGUUUUAAGCCUUUUGUAUUUCAGAUUUUUGUUUUCAUAACAAUUACGCACAUUUCAUGCUAAACACUCAUUACUCUAACGCAUUUAUUUUAUUAGUUAUUAGUGCUGAUUUUCAUUUGAUUCUUAUUACUAUGCUACAGAAAUUGAUCUUAAAGUUGUAUUUAUUAUUAUUGCAUUAAUGAGAAUUUGCUUAAUUGUACACAAUUUCACAAUGCACAAUUCACUUCACCUUUAUGUAUUUAAAAAAAAAAAAAUUUUUUCCUCUUGAUUUUAGGUGGAAAUAUUACCCAAACAUGUUUGAUUUAACAUUUUAGAUUUCAUUACAUCUAGAAUGGCUCAACACCAUUAUCCAUUGGUUAUGGAGUCAUACAGUAAUUAUGUGCUGUGGUGUAAUGAAGUUAAAAUCUUUUCAUGAAAACAUAAAAUUACAACUCUUUGUAGGAUACCCAUAUACAUUGCAUCUUUACUAGUUUUACUUUUUGAAUAUCGCAAUUGUGCUGUAGAUCAAAAUGCAUGACUUUAUAUUUUGCAAACAGUAUUUUCAUGGAAAUGCAGAACAUUUUGCUAUGCACCACCUGGUACAGAGCCUUCUAAAUCUGCAGCUAGUGGUAAGAAAGCUUUGGGUUUUUUUUUUUUUUUUUGGUGAAAUGACAAGCAUUAGAUGCAAAACCAGCAUAAUUUCAAAUGCAAAACCUAACGAGAAAAGAAUUUAUUGUAGUUUUGCCAAGGAUUCCUCUUUAACACGCUCUAGUCAUUAGAAAACCUUCAGUCAUCUUACAUUUACAACUUCUAGUGAUUCAUGAUGUGAGGUUUAAAACUCUUUAACGGCGUGUGUGUGUGUUUUAAGCAGCUUGUCUUUAUUCUUCUGUCUCAUCUUGGUGUGCUGUAUCUGUUUCUUGGAUUUGCAUGUGUUGCUGUGAGCGAGGAUGGAGCCCUGGACUAUGGCGCUUUGAACUCUGGGAAAGGCGAGUUUUAUCAGAUAUUGUAAUUUGUAGUUGUAAAGUAGUCCUCAGACUGCAGCACACCGAGUGAGUGAGUGGUUUUCAAGCAUAGGUGUCCGAUUUGAAGUUUUUUGAAAUUUGAAUGUUAUUUUCAACCCAGCUAAUUCUCAUCUCUGUUUGUUCAGGUUCUUUGUUGUCAGCAAAGCAAAAUGAAAACUAAAAUUUAAGAUUAACUUCUUUUUGGUGUAUUUUUAUUUUAACUGUGUUGUUUUGUUACCAGGUUUAUCUGAGAAAUAAAGUGUUGUCUGUUACCUGUCUGAGACCAAACUGUCCUCAUGUAUAUAUUUCAAUUUAAGGUUUACCUUAAAGAAUGUUGAUUAUUUUGCAUUUUUCCACCUACUGAUAUU